AUGACUUCUACAUAUUCCCGGUCCUUCUUCCGAGCCUUCGCUCCAGCCUUGCGAGCUCAGCGCGUCCCAGUUACAAGACCGAGAUGCUCUCCAUUCGCAACUUCAUUCCGCGGCUAUGCAGCGGCAGCAGGAGAACAACCACGCCUGCGUCUGGGCGUAACUGCCCCUAAUUUCCAAGCAAAGACCACACAGGGCGAUAUCGACUUUCACAAAUACAUUGACGGGUCAUGGGCUAUCCUCUUCAGUCACCCAGCGGACUUCACACCCGUUUGCACGACCGAACUGGGCGCAUUCGCAAAGAUGCGGAACGAGUUUGAGAAGAGAGGUGUCAAGAUGAUAGGCUUGAGUGCCAAUGAUCUGAACAGUCAUGAUGCUUGGAUCAAGGACAUCAAUGACAUCUCGAAUACAAAUCUGCAAUUUCCCAUCAUAGCCGAUGCUGACCGGAAGGUGGCCUUUUUGUAUGAUAUGGUGGACCAGCAAGACCUGACCAACAUUGACGAGAAGGGCAUUGCUUUCACCAUCCGGAGUGUUUUUAUCAUCGACCCACAGAAGAAAAUCCGUCUGGUCAUGUUGUAUCCUGCUUCAGUGGGCAGGAACUCGGCCGAAGUGCUUCGGGUCAUUGAUAGUCUGCAGACGGGCGACAAGAAGGGCGUGACCACUCCGAUUGAUUGGCAAGUUGGCCAAGAUGUUAUUGUGCCGCCAACAGUGUCUACGGAGGAUGCCAAGAAGAAGUUUGCUGAUGUCAGAGAGGUUCGCCCAUACCUCAGGUUCACGAGUGGACAGACAAAAUAG